AAAUGAUUGAUGCUUCUUAGGGUUCUAGAAACGACGCCAUUAUCAAUGAUUUUGAUGAUCAGGAAGCGAAUAGAAUAUAAAACCCAAACCAGUCCCAGAAGACGAACAUUUCACUUUCUGAGAAAAAUCAAGAGAGAAUCGAGACUCCAAGUUGUUUUUAUAGGAACAAGCAAGUGGAAUAAGAGAAAUAAUCUAUCAAAUUUCAGAUCGAUCAAAUGAUUAAUCAUCUCAAUUAGAUGAAAACAAUGUGCGAAAGGAAAAUCGAAAAAAGUUUUCAACUCUCAAAACCAUUACAACGAAACAUGGUGUACACGUUCAAAUUUAAUAUAGUUAUCUGAAUAAGUUCACAUUUAUUCGCAUCCAAUAGCUAAUUACUCAACUGAAUUCUUUCAAAACCCAAACCCUUCCAAAUAAUCUAUUAGAAUGUAAGGUUUAUUAUUCUACAUCAGUAUACGAUUUGCUUGAAGUGAAAAUGGGGCAGUUUUACCAACAAUACUAGAAUCUGUACUUUGAUAUCAAGAUGUUUAUUGAAAGAAGCAAAUUCUACUUAAACGAAGAUAACGAAAGAGACAUUAAACUCAUAUCACAGAUUAUUAAUAAUUGA